GUGAAAAUGUUUGUCUACACUUUUGCAACUUUAAUAAUUUUAAUCCAUGUUAGUGUUGUUGUAAAUACGUUGAGUGUUUCCGAAUUAACAAAGAAAUUUGACGAAAUUGUACAAAACUUGUCGGAAAUUUUCGCCAAAUUAGAUUAUGAUUUCGAAAGAUUCGACACAAAAAGAAGAGAGGAAAAAUUAUUCCUGGCAUUAGAUAGAAUCAAUUUUGGUAUAAAAAUAAUGGAACAACGACUUGAUAAAAGCCACAAUACGAUUAUUAAAUUAUUAAAUAAAUUGCCACAAGAGGUGCGACAAGAAUUAAAUUCGCACGACAUCCAAAACAAAAAAAGCUUCAUCGACUAUUACUUCUUUCUUUUGGAACAAUAUGUAAGAGAUUUCGACGAAUUUAAAAAAUCAACUUUAAUUAAAUUUUGUGAAAGCGCUGUAUCCAAUAGCUUAAAUUCAGUUCGGUUUUUAAUGGAAGCAAUCUACAAAAAUGUUAUUAGAGCCGAUUUCUUGAAAGUAUUUCAAAAACAAUUUAAGCCCAAAACGAGGCUUUUCUGCAACGAAAAUUACUCGCAACAAGAGGCAAUUCAUCGAUUUUUAAACGAAAUUCUAAUCACAAAUUUCAAGAGUUAUGUUCUUGAACAAUCGGCUUAUAUUAUCAAAAAACACCACGAUCAAGGGAAUUACACCAAAGAGGUUGAAUUCAGUUAUAACGAAUUUUUAUCAAGGUCUUACAACAUCACAAAGAUUUUUAAACAAAACAUGAGGGAGGCAUCAAGAGAAUUGUGGAGAUGUGACCCUUCCAAACAUAUCAAAAACGAAACUUUUGUCGAAAUUACCAAUUUCCUCCAUGGUUUUAUCCUCAAUAAAGCAAAUUUAGAUUCUCUGGGACAAUGCCGCGAGGAAUGCGAUAGUUUCAAAAUGGUAAAAUCAAAAGAUUGCAAAAAGAAUAAUUGGUGUGAAAAACAGGUCACUUGUCCUAAAAUUAUCGACUGCCAAUAUAUUGAUUCUUCGAUGACUGUGUGUUCCAGUAUUAUGACAAAACACAACCGACGAUAUGAAUACAUAGAAUUUGGUAACAGAAUAACUUUCGGGGAGAAAAAAAUAUGCAAUGGUGAAAUAACUUAUUUAGAAACGUAUAGAAACUGGUUGGUUUGGGAAUGUUCAUAUUGCUUCUGUUUGUGUGACGAAGGGCCGAAAUAUUUUUCAGACAGAUAUAUCAAUUUACGGCUCAGUAUGUCAAACAUAAGUGAUAACAGAGUUGUCACAGGUUUAAAGUUUGUGAAACACAACAAAAUCAUACAUUUGCAAAUCCAGGAAGGUAAACUCCUGGAAGGGGGAAAAAUCGCCCCGGAUUCCGUCCAAUGGGUCCCCCCGGAAGAUUACAAAAUAACUGAUCGAUAUAUUCAUGAAGGUCAAGACUACCAUGUUAUCACUUGGGAAAAAAGAAGCAUGGAAUUAACCGAAAUUAUGGCACAAAACGGUUCGGUUGUAACAGGUGUCAGAUUUAAAAAAAUCGGUACUCGACUCGAACUUGAAAUCAUGACGACACCUUUCAAUUUCGCAACAGGAAAACUAAAACAAAAUCCGGAUAAAUCGAGUAUUUUCGAAGAAGCUCCAAAUAUCGGUCUAAGACACAAAUUUGGAAAUGAAAUCAAAUUAUCGUCACCGGAUGUUCCCACUCGAAUGACGGCACCUUCCAAUCGUUUCACAACCGGAAAAUAUAUUCAAUUUACAAAUACGGAUUUUUAUAAAGAUGCAGCACAAACCACGGUACCAUUUUUCGACUCUCAGCAAGUUUAUAGCAAACAUCCGGUACCACUUUCCGGGGUUGGGCUUUUUCACAAGGGACGAGGAGGUUCCGGCGGGUUUAUAGCCCCCAAAAUAUUCACCUAUGACUUCAGCCAACAUUUGUAG